AUGCAUCGUCUUUUUGCUGAGCUGGAGCCAUCUUUAACCGUCACAGAGCAAAACCUGGCAGACCGAGUUCGGUAUAUCUUGCGCUCAAAUAUAUUUGAUGUCGCCGAACUCGAACGGCUACGACGUGAGGCUGUUCCCUCAUCGGAUGAAAAUGCUACGGCUGAGGAUGCGGCGCCACAAAUUGUAGAGCAACCCGCAAACGUGGAUACCGCCGUGAAUACCUCAGUUGUGGUUGAUUCAAACGAUGAUGGAACAGUCGGCCAGGAACUGGAAUUAGAGCAUAUGAGGAGUACAUUGGAAGAGGCGAUUAUGGAAACGCGCAGUACGCCUCUCGAAAAUCGACCGCUACUUCCUCGCAUAGCCCUAAGCAAGCGGAAUCGGGCUGUCGUGAGGGCUUUGAACCCAAUGCUGGUGACCUAUUUGGAAGCCAGAUGGGACCUUUGCGAGACGGACUCAAUUCUUUUUGGCGCCGCGCUGGCAGUCUGCCAUAUCAUAGGCGCCAAGGUUUCCACGGCUGGACGCGCUACUGGCCAAAGUAGCGCUAUCCCAGCAUGGAGAAGAAUAAUUGAGGAACGUAUCGCAAAGGCUAGAGCUCUCAUCGGCAGACUGAUAUGCUUCAGAUCAGGCAAUAACAGGCCAAGAAUUAUGCGCACCGUCAGGAUGGCGUUUGUUGGGGCAAAUGUCAGUUUGUCCCAGCCGGAUAUAACGCAAAAACUGACGGAGCGCAUAGAUGAUCUGAAGCAGAGAAUCGCUGCUUGGGCAAAGCGGAUUCGGCGACAUACCGAGAGGUCGACACGGUUCAACCAGAAUCGUCUCUUCCAGAGUGAUCAGAAGAGGCUCUAUGAAUCAUUGGAGCGACCAAUGGUAAGUGGAACGGGCCCAGCACCGAAUCAGGCCGACACUGUAGCAUUCUGGCGCGGCCUGUGGUCAGAGCCCGUAAACCACAGCGAGGGCCCUUAG